UUUCGGGCAAAGCAAAAUCACUCUUCCUCCGAUUUUUUCUUUCAGCUACCACGCUGCCUAGACGCGCCAUGUACCGACUGCAGAGGUCUUCCAUGCAGGCGAGCCGCCGGGCCGCCAGCAGUUUGGCGUCCUUGGUCUGGAGCCAGGCCGCCCAAGAGGGCUCCAAGCUGGCCGUGGCCGCACCACAGCAAGGUGUCUCGUGGAGCUUUACAGAGUUAGAGCAGCGUGCUGGGCGCAUUGCCGGUGGUCUGGCGAAGCAUGGUGUGACCCGAGGUAGUACCGUGGUCACCGAUUUGCCCAACUCGGCAGACAAUCUUCUGCUACAGGUGUCCUGCUCGUGGCUUGGCGCUGCUACUGCCACUGCCAAGGAUGAGGGUCAGCUGGCAGAGCUGCAGAAGGUGACUGACCUGAAACUGGCCGUGACCCACCGGUCGGGUGACGCGGUGAACGCUGCGCUGGCCAAGUACCAAUUGCCUGCGAAGCCUGUGGUGGUUGAGGACUUAGACGGUGAGCUGGCCCCCCUGGUGCAGUCAGAGGUGCCUGAGCGGGUUUCGGUGGCUGGCGACGACACGCCGCUGGGCUAUUGGUCAAGUACCAAGGCUUUGACAAACAGAGAGGCCAUUGAGGAGAUGGGUGCAGCUGCCAAAGAGCGACUUGCAAUCACAGCAGCUGAUCGGGUUCUGGUCUCCAUCACGCUCUGCCAUGCAUUUGGCAUUGGCUCUGCGGUCAGUAGCGCCUGGUUGGCAGGAGCGGGCCUGGUGCUGCCAGGUGCCAGUGGCAUCCGCGGGUGUGGCAGCCCCAGCCAGCGAGCAGAGGCCACUUUGGCCGCGAUGGUCUCGCACAAAUGUAGCUUGUUGUUUGCGGACAUCCACACGCUGAAAGCUUUGCCGACACCAUCUGGCCAGUUGCAGCUGCGCGGUGGCGUUUGCAAGGUGGGCAGCGGAGCGGAGUUUUUGGACCUCCGAGAGGCUAAGCUGGGGCCCAACGGCGAGAUGAGGCCAUUGGAGUACGCGGGCGUUCCGCUGGUGGCCAUCGGAAAAAGGUAGCGCCAUCUCAAUGGCCAGAGACUCCAGUUCAAUGCUGCGAA